AUGUCUGCCGCUUCUCUCUCGCGGUCACGUUCCCCGUCUGGCAAACGUAGCCGGGAGGCUGAGGGCAAGCCGACGAAGUCGCACGGGAGGGAACUUGACGAUCGCCAAGGGAACCGCAGCGAUCGCAGGGGGAAGCGGCGGCGAGGAGACAGGCGGAGACGAGGACGAAGCAGAGGCCGUGGCCGACGCCGUCAUCACAAGGGCCAUCGGCGUCGGCGUGGUCGUCGACGCAGCCGCGAGCGUCGAGGUAGACGACGUCGCGAUGCCCACAAAAGCCGCAGGAGGCGGCGAACUGCCAUGUCUGCAGAUGUCGAUUCCGAUGACGAGGAAUCCAAGGAGGCCGAGACCGAAGAGGAGGAAGAGGAGGAGGGUAGUGAGAACGAGAAGGAUUCCCAGGAAGCUUCUGCGGAGUCGGAGGAGACGAAGGAAUCGGCCGAGGAGGAGGCUGCAGAUGCUGAGGCAGCGAAGGCAGUCGAAGAAGCAGAGGCAGAAGUUCAGGCUGCUCAGAGCCUGGCAGCCGAAGCUGAGACGAAGCUUCGCGCUGCUGAAGCACUUGUCGACCAGAUCAUCAACAAGCAGGUGUUGGAGGCUGGGCUACAGGCACGUCUGGACCUUGACGAGCAGCUGAAAACCGUAAAAGAAGAUUUCGAACUCGCUCGGCAAGAGGCUUUGCAGAAAGCUAGAGAAGAUCUGGAGGCUGUCAGAGAAAGGAAGAUUGAAGAAGCUCGAAGGGAGUUUGAUGAACACAUGAAGAAGGCUGAAGGCAACAUCCAAAAGGAUCUUGCAAAGGCCAUGGCAAACGAAGAGAACCGGCUCAAGGAGCAGUCUGCAGCGAACGUAGCUAAGGCCAAAGAGGAGGCUUUGCAGCAGGCCGUGCCCAAAGCUGAGAAGCAGGCUAAGGAAGCCGCGGAGAAGAGGCUUGCCGAUGCCGAGGCCAAGCUGCGGACUGCACGGCAACGUCUUGAGGUCAAUGGCGAGGCCAAGGACGUGGAAGAGGAGCCAAAGCCGUCCAAGGCAAGCCGCAAGCGAAAAGGUUCCGAUACUUCAGAAUAUUCCUACUCUGGAGACGAAGCCGACGGAUGA